AGGAAAAGGAUCAAGCUGAGAAGAAGUCUUCGAAUGUCAAAGGAACCUGUUUGGACCAAGAUAUGAUUGAUGUCACAUACGACCUUCUUUCUGACUUGCCAACAGAUCUGCAGAAAUUAAUCCUGAAGUCCAUCAUAAGUUGUCUGUUGAAAGACAAGAGAAUCCACACCAUCGAUGAUCUAAAAGCUUACUUUAUCCUUCUCCAGAAUCCUCUAUUUGAGUCCAGCACAACAAUGGGGAUAUUUGCCCAUCUUCUGCGCCAAAUUGCUGCCUUGUCUGAUCAAGAUCACCAUUAUCUGGUACACUGGAUCAAAGAGCUAGAACCAACACAGUUCAAGGCAAUUCUCUCUAAAAUCAAUAACUUUAUCACCUGGAAGAUAUUCCCACCAAAAUUCAAUGAUCUGCCUCACCCAUCGAAGUGUACAUGGUGGGUGCCCAGUGCUGUCAAGGUCCUUGCUCUUUUAAGUAAGUUCUCUUUCUGCCAGUAUCCCUUCAUUCUGAGCAUCAGUGCCAAAAGAACCAUUCUACAACGAGACUCAGAGCAACAGAUGAUUGUCAUGGCUAGGCGAAGUUUGGUUGAUAAAGUUCAGAAACGACAACUUCCUGAUAUUGGUAUGUUAUUUCUCAACCUCCAUGUGCGACGAUCAUAUCUUGUGUCAGAUUCACUAAACGAGAUUGCCAAUAAACAGAAAGACCUGAAGAAGAAGCUAAAAGUGACAUUCACUGGUGAACCAGGACUGGAUAUGGGUGGCUUGACCAAGGAAUGGUUCCUCUUGUUAAUACGACGGAUCUUUCAUCCUGAUUAUGGUAAGUCUUUGUCAUUCCAUCUUGUCGGAGUUCUGAUGGGACUUGCUGUCUACAACAGCAUCAUGUUAGACAUCCGUUUCCCACCCUGUUGCUACCACAAGUUACUUAGUCCUGCUGUUGUACCAUACAUGAACGACAAGGCCACAGUUGGGGUGGCACCCCUUACACUCAGUGAUCUCAAGCUAGUGCAGCAUGAUCUGUCUAAGGGUCUCCAGGAACUCCUUGACUAUGAAGGAAACGUCGAAGAAGAUUUCGGACUAACAUUUCAGAUUUCUCACACAGAACUGGGCUGCUUAAAAACAUAUUCGUUGAAGCCCAAUGGAGAAAAUAUUCCUGUAACCAACAGCAAUCGCCACAGUUACGUCCAACUCUACGUAGACUGGAUCCUCAACAAGUCCGUCUAUAAGGUGUUUAAAGAGUUCUACUUUGGCUUCCACAGUGUCUGUGCAUCCAACGCCCUCAUUAUGUUGAGACCCGAAGAGGUUGAAAUGUUGGUGUGUGGAUCCCCAACGCUGAAUAUGAGAGAACUGAGACAGGUAGCUACCUAUGAUGGAUAUAAUGCAGCAGACGUCACAGUCAAGUAUUUCUGGGAUGUGGUUUACAAGUUCCCCACAGAAUUACAGAAGAAAUUGCUUCUCUUUACCACAGGAAGCGACCGAGUACCAAUCGGCGGCAUGUCUGAUAUGACAUUUAAAAUUACAAGAGUAGAAGACCAAACACUAUUGCCAAUGUCGCAUACAUGCUUCAACCAGUUGGUGCUACCAUCAUAUAAAAGUAAGAAGAUGAUGAAAAUGAAACUGCUGACCGCUAUAGAGAAUGCCGAAGGGUUUGGUCUGGAGUAAUUUGUGAUCCAAGUGACCCCUGGUCAACCAGAAAUAUUUUCUUGUAACUUAACAAAAACUAGCACAGUCAUAAUAAACCAGCAAGCGGUGGCUGUACAAAUAUAUUUUCCUGUAGCUUAAAAAAAUAGUGGAUUCGCAAUAAACCACUGACCAGUGGUCAUUCAAAUAUAUUUUCUUGUAACUUAACAGAUUUAAUUGAUACAGAAAUAAAUUAUUGACUGAUGGUCA